UCCUCCUUUUCGUCGAGCACCCGUCGCUUCUUCGGCUCCUUAGCUUUGCUGUUGGACUUCGCUCCUUGGACGACGUUCCCUUCCUGUUGGAUCGGAAGCAGCGACGGGAGCUCGCUCGCCGCGCGCUUCUUCGGCCAAAUCCCGUAAACCGACGAACUACAGGAUUUAGUAAAUCCGGGAUUUAUAGCAAAAAGAGGGAACGGAGGAUUUAUUCCGCCGUGAGAUUUACGGGGCGCACAAAUCCUGCAUAAAUCCUGUUGUCGAACAGCCCCUUCUUCUUCUCGCGCAGGGAGAAACGUCCAAAAGAACAUGGAAAACGCAGGGAAUGGAACACAAUCGCCGGAAACCAACUUCUUAUCCGACAAGUCGGCGAAGGUCUUCGUCGCUGGACACCGCGGUCUUGUCGGAUCCGCCGUACUCCGCCGUCUCGUUUCCCUAGGUUUCACAAACCUCCUCGUCCGCUCGCGUAGUGAGCUUGAUCUUACCCGUCAGUCUAAAGUCGAGUCCUUUUUCGCCGCCGAGGGCCCGCGCUACGUUGUCCUCUGCGCCGCCAAGGUCGGAGGCAUCCACGCCAACUCCACUUUCCCCGCCGACUUCAUCACCGUUAAUCUCCAGAUUCAGACAAACGUCAUUGAAGCUGCCUAUCGCUGCGGAUCUGUCCGCAAGCUCCUUUUCCUCGGCUCAUCCUGCAUAUACCCAAAGUUGGCUCCGCAGCCUAUACCAGAGUCAGCGCUUCUCUCCGGUCCUCUUGAACCUACCAAUGAGUGGUAUGCCAUCGCCAAGAUCGCCGGCAUUAAGAUGUGUCAGGCCUACCGAAUCCAAUACUCCUGGGACGCCAUCUCUGCAAUGCCCACUAAUCUAUAUGGACCUUAUGAUAACUUUCAUCCCGAGAACUCUCAUGUUUUGCCAGCCUUAAUCCGUCGAUUCCACGAGGCUAAGACCAACGGAGCGAAAGAAGUGGUGGUCUGGGGCACUGGUUCGCCACUAAGGGAAUUUCUGCAUGUAGAUGAUCUUGCCGAUGCUGUGCUUUUCUUGAUGGACCAGUAUUCCGGACUGGAUCAUGUGAAUGUGGGGAGUGGGAGAGAGGUGAGCAUAAAAGAGCUGGCUGAGCUGGUGAAAGAGGUGGUUGGUUUCAAUGGAGCUUUAGUGUGGGACACCACAAAGCCUGAUGGAACACCGAGGAAGUUGAUGGAUAAUUCUGUGCUGGCAGGGAUGGGAUGGAAGCCGAGGAUCCCGUUGAAGGAGGGGCUUGUGGAAACUUACAGGUGGUACUCGGAGAACGUUCUGAAGCAGCAAUGAUGCAGUGAGAUGUGGGCGGCUUUCUUAGCCAUCCCAAACGAAGCCUUAGAGUGUUUCAAAUCAAAUCUCUCCUGCAGCUCAUUUGAAAUCUUCGGCUUCUAUGGUAUGAAGUCUUAAGCUUAUCGAUUAAGGCGCUUUCUUCACAGUUUUUUAAUAUAGUCCAGGAGCCGUUCACAGCUAUUUAACUACUACGCUUCAAUCUUACGAGAAUUGUUUGUUAGCUCUGAGGAUUCUAAGUUAUGAUGGUGGGGAGCAAUUAUAUCCGUUAUUUUUACUUAUUUUUUGGCUAUUUUCUAUGCAAGGAUGCUUCACUUUUCUA